AUUUUUUAAGGUGUUGGCUCCGAGUUGAUCUAGUUAAGCUAUCCGUUUCAGUGUUGGCUUUUCACUCUAUAUAGGAGAAAAUGAAUUUAUCAGGAAACUUAAUUUGUUUAAUUAUAUCACCAGCAUAAAUGAACAAAAAGAUCAUUCAGUAUUUAAGGGGUUGGUAUUAUUAGUCCACGUCACAUUAAUUCAUAAAUAGUAAAAGACCAACUAAAAAAAAAAUCUUGAUAGACUAUAAAACUGAUGAAAAUAAUUGAGAUUAUACACAUGAGGAUGAUGUGUUGUAAGCUGUAUAUAUAUAGCAAUGAUUAGUAUAUGGUUAAGAUUGAAAAUAAGUUUAAGCUAAUAUAUUGUAUUUUAAAGUUAAUAUAUUGUAUAUUUUAAUCAUUUUUUUUCUAAAUUCGUUUUAAUCUUUUUAUUAUAUAUCUAGAUACAUUCACAAAAAAUAAUCAAAUAAAAUUGCAUUAAAUCGAAAUGAACAACAUUGAGUUGUAGUUGUAAACAUUUAUUAGUAAAUUUUGGUGUGAUUAUAAAUUUUAUCGUUUUCUUUAUGAAUAAAUGAACAUUAUUAAUUAUGUGUUUUCUAAACAGUAUUUAUUUACAUGAAUUAAAAGGAGCUGUGUUUUGGAAUGAUUAGGCCUGGGCUUUACGCAUUUGACAUCAGCCCGUUAAAAAUGCAGCCCACAUGCUAAAACGAUACCUGAAGAAACGCGGCAACGACUCCGGCGAAUCCUCAAAUCCCUAGAGAGAUCCUCUGGAUUCCCAAUUUCCUUCACCACCACCCUCCUCGUCGGGAAUCCAUGCAAGUUUGAGAUCCUCACCUUAUUCCACCAUCUCCAGGUUAGCCUAUCACUUUCGCUUUUUCAGCAUCCGAUCACUUUCGAUUUCGAGUGAAACAAAGUGAUUACGCGUCACUGGUUUGGUGUCUUUGUAUUUGAACUCGCAGAUACUGAUGGAUACUGAGCCUGUUCCACCAAAGCAAAAGCGACUGUCAAGAAAGAGAUGGACACCGUCACUCGACAAGGUCUUAGCUGAUCUUGUCGUUAAACAGAUCCAGCUAGGAAACAGACAGAACAACGUUUUCGACAGGAAGACAUGGCUCAACAUACGGACCGAGUUCAACCACCAGACAGGACUCAACUACAACAACAAUCAGCUUAGGAAACAUCUUAAUGUUCUGAGACAGCGUUAUGAUUCGGUUAAAUCUUCUCAGCUUCAUAACCAGCUUGUUUUGGAGGAUACAGGAUGUAUCUUGGGGUUGGACUUGUGGGAAGAUUUUGAUGUGCAGCCUAGGAGUGAACCGGUUAAAGUUAAGGACUGUCCCAUCUAUGAGCAGCUUUGUACUAUAUAUGGUGAUGUUUCCUCUGAGGGGAUGUAUGCUCAGUCAAGUCAUUUUGAAGGUUUAGAAGAAUCAAUGCCAAAUCAUACCUCAGAGAGUUUACCACCAACGCCAAAUGUGGAGAGAAAGAGGAAGAGAGAAGCAGAUACCAAGACUUCUCAUGUGUCCCCAAGCCAGAUUGAUCCAGCAGUAAUGGAAACUAUGGCAGGUACUUUGUCGGAUAUGAUGACUAGUUUGAGGUCAAGGAUGAGUGGUUUGGAGACGGAAGAAGAAGAUGAUAGGUUUAGUAUCGCGAACUGCAUCAAUGCGCUUGACGAGAUUGAGAAUGUGGAUGAAGGUGUUUACUUUGCAGCUUUAGAUCUUUUUGAGAGUCCUGGUCUUAGAGAGACCUUUAUGUCUCUUAAAGCUAACAAGUUACGCUUGACAUGGUUGCAAGUUAAGUGUAGGAACAAGCUGACGCCGUCAGUUGCACAGCUAGGUUGACUUCUAGCUAUAUAUAUAGCUCAUUGUUGCUACCAUUAGAUCUGGUCUUUUGUAGAUUUUUUUUUGGUUGCUGAUGAUGACAAAUAGUUGAGGAGGAAAAUAGUAUCAGCUGUAAGUUGAAGGUACAAGUUGGUCUAUCAUGUUAUCUUUCAA